AUGGCGCCCGAGCAGGGACCCGACGAAGAAACAAAAUGCGGCAAAUCAGAGCGAAGAUUUGUUGAGCCAAUGAGGAACAUGUUUGGAGAAUCGGAUAUAGAGGAUUCCUUGAGUCCCAAAUCCCUCUGUCGCGACGAGAGCAAUUGGUGGAGCACUGUGGAAAGUCUUGAAACGUUUUCUGGCACUCCAUUCGGACCGGCAAUAACAACUUACGUUAACUUUUCCGUAACGGACAAUGCAACCCCCGAUAUGGCUCAUCUCAUUAAUCCCUAUUGGAAUCAAUUUCCACCCAUGGAUCGGGAGUGGUAUAACCUGUUGACUUUAUAUAUGUUGAUUAUAGGCAUUGUCUCGUGGUGCGGCAAUGGUGUUGUGAUUUUUAUUUUCUCCUCAUCUCGAGCUCUGCGAACCCCAGCAAAUUUGUUGAUCAUAAAUUUGGCCCUUUCCGAUUUUGGAAUGAUGCUGUUGAACACUCCCAUGAUGGGUAUAAAUUUGUAUUAUCGUACAUGGAUAUUGGGUCCCAUGAUGUGUGACGUUUAUGCUGGGCUGGGUUCUGCGUUUGGCUGCAUUUCGAUAUGGUCAAUGUGUAUGAUAGCGAUGGAUCGUUAUAAUGUGAUUGUUCGAGGUAUGACGGUUCGGCCGAUGACAAUUCAGUUGGCCAUAUUGGAGAUUUUCCUUAUAUGGACUAUGGCGGCUGCAUGGACUUUAGCACCCGUUUUCGGAUGGAGUAGGUAUGUUCCUGAGGGCAAUUUAACUUCCUGUGGCAUUGAUUACCUGGAUCGCUCGUGGAAUUCACGCAGCUAUUUGAUGUGCUACACAGCCUUUGUCUACUACCUUCCAUUGCUCCUGAUCUGCUAUUUCUAUUGGCAUAUUAUAAAGGCUGUGUUGGCCCAUAAGAAAGCAAUGCGCGAGCAGGCCAAGAAAUUGCAUGUCAAGUGCCUCUUCUCCUCUGAGGAUGCUGAGAAAUCUGCAGACGGUAAAUUGGCCAUGGUGGCUUUGGUUACAAUAUCUUUGUGGUUUGUAGCCUGGACUCCGUAUCAGGUUAUCAACACUCUGGGUCUGUUAAAAUAUGAGGGUCUAACUCCUUUGAACACCAUUUGGGGCGCAUGUUUUGCCAAAUCGGCGGCAUGCUAUAAUUCCAUUGUUUAUGGCAUAUGUCAUCCUAGAUAUCGCACCGCUCUGAAGGAACAAUUUCCCUGUUGUGUGUUUGGCAGAGUAGAGGAUAACAAAACAAAUGAUGUCGCCUCACAGACUACCACAAUUGAAAAGAUCGCAUAGAAGAAUUGAGCGAAAUUUAUAUGGACCUCGAUGAUGGCACAGACUGGAAUGGAUUUACUCCUAUUUUUUAUAAUAUCCUGUUAUUUUGUUUUAAUAUGCAAUGUCAGUAAAGACUUAUCAAAAA